AUGGCGGAUGCCACGAGCGCAGGAGCGACGCCUCUCCUCCCUGGCCUCCUCGACGACAUCGUAAUCUGUGAGAUCCUUGUCCGCCUGCCCCCCAAAGCCCUCCUCCGCUGCCGCGCCGUCAGCCGCGCAUGGCGCCGCACCACCUCCACCCGCGGCUUCCUCCUCGCCCACCACGCCCGCCAGCCCGCCCUCCUCAUCACCUCCGGCCACGAUUACGGCGGCCGCCUCCACGACCGAGACCUCAUCACCUACGACCAUCGGGCCCGGGCCGCCGGCGCCCAGCUGCAACACGUCGCCCAGCUUGACGAGAGGGACUGUGGCCUUGUGGCCUGCUGCGACGGCCUCCUCCUCAUUUCACACAACAUGAACAGGAAGGAUGCCUGCUCCUCCAUCUACAACCCGGCCACUCGUCAAUACGCUCCCAUACCUGCGCUUUGUGACUCCAAGGUCCGUUGCUCGGUCUUGGGGAUGUAUCGGCACCACCCUACCGGCGAGUACCGGAUACUAGUGUAUGGUAAAAAUAAGGAAACCGCUUAUCGUCAUGAGGAGGAAAUCUGUUUUUACGAUGAUGCCUGCUACAUCUUUGCAUUGGGCUCCGUCCAGCCAUUGAGGAACAUCGGGUGCCCGCCGGAUGUUGAGCAACUGCUUUUACACCGUGAGGCUACGACAGCUGUUAUGUUUCGUGGCAACCUGCAUUGGCACAUAGACCAAAAUGAGACUGAAAGCAACAUGAUAGUGGUAUUCGACACAACAGCUGAGUCGUUCCGGCAGAUGCAUGCUCCAGUUGUUCCGGUUUUUAGAAAUGUUCCUGCCUAUGCUGACUUGUUUGACAUGGAUGGCGUGCUUGGCAUGCUAAGUUGUGAUGAGGCCGCGGAUACCAUCGAUAUCUGGGUGUUGCAGGACUAUGAAAGCGAGGUCUGGACCUUCAAGUGCAAGAUUGAAGUGCCGGUCAUUGAGAUCAAGGCAUUGUGUGGACAAUAUGACGAUUGUUGGUAUGCCGUAGUCAUGCAUGUGGAUGGUGAGUUGCUUGUGCUAGUCCAGUAUGCCGAAUGGCUACUUCAGAUUGACAUGGAUGGCAAGUUCGUCGCCACUUUCCAUCGCCAUUCACUCAAUCUUACUAAAUUGCAGCUCAAACAAACUCUUGUUCCACAUACUUUCUUUCUGACACUAGAAUAA